AUGGCUAUAGCAGAAGGGGCGCUAGCCUCUCACGCCGAAGCAGUUCCUUGCCAUCCGCUUGGUGUCAAGCCGAGUGGCAAUGCCCUGGUUGCUACCUCGAACCUACGCAAUGCAAUUGGCAACUUCAACCUACUGGCCGACGAUGUGGUGUUGGUGCUGUUGGAAUAUCUCGACGCACCGAGUCUGCUGAAGCUUGGCCGCACGUGCAAAGCGUUGUAUGCCUUCACUCGAUCAGAAGACAUAUGGAAGACUCUGCUCAUUCGGAGCUCUCGCGGACUAGUCACCUGGCAAGGGACUUGGCGAGCAACUUAUCUGAAUUUGACACCAUCUCAGGUGCCGAUGAUCAAUUGUGCUACUUUGUUUUCGGACACUCUGCACCGCCCGUUUUAUUGUGCCCAUAUAUCAUUGGAGCCAUACACUACAGGAAUACCAGCUCGAAACCAAAUAAGCCGUCUACAAGAUCUGUCCGCAGAGGAGUUUCAAGACUCAUGGACAGAUCGACCAUUCAUCUUGACUGAACUUGUGAAACAAUGGCCAGUAUACCAGCAAUGGUCUACAGAAGACCUGGUCAAUAAAUACAACACGACUAUAUUCCGUGCAGAGGCCGUUGACUGGCCGUUAAACACCUACGUGGACUACAUGAAACACAACGCCGACGAAAGCCCACUGUACCUAUUCGACCGGGACUUUGUCUCCAAAAUGGACAUCAAAGUCGGGCAUCCCUCAAGGGUUCCCGAGGCUGCGUACUGGCCGCCGCCAUGCUUUGGAGAAGACUUAUUCGCCGUUUUGGAAUCAGACCGUCCCGACAGUCGCUGGCUUAUCAUCGGGCCCGAGCGAUCAGGAAGUACAUUCCACAAGGACCCAAAUGCAACAAGCGCAUGGAAUGCCGUACUUCGCGGGUCCAAAUACUGGAUUAUGUUCCCAUCAUCGUCAAAACUUCCACCACCGCCGGGUGUAUACGUCUCGGCUGAUCAGAGCGAAGUCACGUCGCCUCUAAGCAUUGCCGAAUGGCUGCUAGGCUUCCAUGCAGAAGCGAGAAGAACGCCAGGGUGUAUCGAGGGAAUUUGUAACGAGGGUGAAGUUUUACAUGUUCCAUCUGGCUGGUGGCAUUUGGUUGUCAACUUAGAGCCCUCUAUUGCCAUAACACAAAACUUUGUACCUAAGGCCCAUCUGACUGCGGCUCUUGAUUUCCUGCAAAAUAAGGCCGAUCAAGUCUCUGGCUUCCGGAAAAAUGUUACCGAUCCGUAUAACAAAUUCGUCGAAAGAUUGAAAGUGAGGCAUCCGGAUCUUUUGGAGAACGCCAUACAGGAUCUAGAAAAACGGAAAGAAGGCAGGAAGAGAAAAUGGGACGAGAUUGUGCAUGGGAAGGUGAACGGGGAGAGUACUAAUGGUGUAGGUUUUAGCUUUGGUUUCGGAGAUGGCGACAGUGAUAUCGAAGUUCCUUAA